AUGAAGAACAAGGUCAAGAAGUUGUACAUUCUGUUAAGGAGGGCAAUCAAGAUUAAGGCCAAGAAGUUGUAUAUACUAUCUUUAAACACUUCUAAGAGCAGAUUAGUAAAUCAACUAUUUAGUGAACACAAUCAAAACCUCUCACAUUAUUCAGUACACUCAAUAUAUUACUAUUAUGACAUUACCUGUACAUUACAGCAGAACAGAGAGAAUCUCAGAAAUACAAAUCAUAACUUUUCCCUCUGUGGUUCAGAUUACAAGUCAGGACCUAUUACACAUUUGGCACCAACUGCUGUCACUCUUUCUCUUCAUGGGUCAACUCUGACAGGGCAGUUACCUGUUUCACUUCCAAGACAUUGGGAAAUCAAGGCAGUCAGCAGGGUAUCAGAAUACAACUCAUUAACAACUGAUGAUAUUCUGUGGGCUGUGUACUCGUUCUUCGACAAAUUUGUCCCUCGUGAAGAAUGGGAUCAACUUGGCAAAGGCACAGUGGCACAGCAGCAGGUUUCUCAAGCAUACUAUUGCCGCAAGGAAUUACGUGGCUCAACUGACCUGAUAAGGGGUAUGAAGCGUAUUGACUGGCUGUGUGGUUGGACUGUGCUGCUUGGCAUUGAGCACUGGCCAGGCAAUAACUACGAGCUAGUUUUUGCAAAGGGUGGAGCUGUAUAA